GGGGGCUGGGGGUGCGGACCGUGACAGACAGUAGCAUAUAAAACCUCUUUGAGUGCCUUGUGUUGUCACUGUGCCAACAAGACGCAUCCUGGACGCAGCGCCGUUUGUUUGUUGUUGUUGUUGUUUUGGCGCAUCCGUGAAAAUAUGGCGCACUGGUUGGAUUUUACUGGUAAUGUUCCCGACGUGUUUUACUCAGGACAGCACUGGCCAGUUACGCACCUGGACAUGAGCGACAAUUACGCACAGGAGUUUGGCACAGUGCGCGGUGAUGCCUUCAGGCCCCACUCGGAAAACCAGCGCCGCCGGAAGCGCACCACCUUCACCAAGGCGCAGCUGAGCCUCCUGGAGUGGGCCUUUUCUUUUACGCAUUACCCCAAUAUUAAGAUCAAGGAAUCUCUAGCCUCCAUAACCGGUUUACCAGAGUCUAAAAUCCAGGUCUGGUUUCAAAAUCGACGCGCGCGCCACUUUAAGAACAAGAAACUAACCAGAGAGGCGUCCAAACUUCCUGCAGGYAACCUCCAGCCGGAGCUCACCCACAUCCCACCCUGCAGCCCUCAGCUGGACCCCAGUCUGCCGUCAGGAUACCCCGCUCCGAGUCUGCCUCAGUCCUCCAGACUCUCAACAAUCCUGGACAGCUCCGCGGCCCCCCUUCAGUCACCCGACCUGCAUGGAUCGUACCAACACAGCCGCUGCUCAGACUUGUUUGAUUUCCCUGAAAACGUGCACGCGCCCAGCGGRCUCUCUGACUGGGASUGCGCGGAGCUGGAGGCUUUCUUCGGAGACGCGCAGCUGGAGGGCAGUCAUUGCGCUGCAGCAGAUCACCCUCCCCAGGGUCAGCAGGGCCUCAGCAGCCACCRGGACUCCCUGGAGGACUUGUCCGACCUGAGCUUCCAGGAUCUGCUGGGCGACUUCACUUUUUCAGAUCUGGAUUUUUCAGAUCUGGGUUUUUCUACUCCAAUGAUUGAUUACCUUUUGGACUAAAUCAUUUUAAAGUAUAUUAUGCUUGAUAUACUGAGAACAUKGAAUUAUUGGUAGAUAUUAUAUAUCACAACGGAAAUAUUAAAAACUAAAAAUAUCA